CUGUGAUCAGCAAUACAAAAUAGAUAGUUGGGCAAACAUGGACCCCUGGACACACCAGAGGUGGGAUCAGGUGCCUAGGAGGAGUAAGCAUCCCCUGUUGACCGGUCACACCCGCCGUGAGCCCCAUAUCCUGAUCAGGUAAACGGAGUUAUCCGCAGUCAAAAUCAGUGUGCCAUGAACGGCAUAACAAUCAGUAUGAAACAUGUCAGACAGCAUUUGACUCAAUGAUAGGUUGUAUUGACAAACUAGAUCGUUAUAACGAACAUAGAGUAUCUGAGUAAUCAUAAUGUUGCACAUCAUCAAGUAAUAUCCAUUCAUUUGUUAAACCACUACCAAGGAGCAAAGCUUUUAAAUGCUCUCUUUUCAAACUCUAUAGAACUGCAGAUAUAUGUAACCCACUAUUAGCAGAUUUAACUGCAGACACAAUUACAUGGCAGGUAUAUUUUUUAUUAUCUUUGACAGCAUACAAAAUCAAAACACUACUUUAACUUCUAAAUGUGUCUUUAAACAAAUUUCAAAUGGUUAUUUAAACUAUUCAGUAGUUUUGAAAAUGUUAGAUUUGCCUUGUAAUAAAAAGUUUUGCUAAUUAUACACAGCACUACUAUAAAUAAGAGGACGUCCAGUUCAUUAUUUGGUUUUAAAUGUGUAUUGAGAGUCAGUCAGCAAUUUAAAUGCUACUAUAAGAAAACAGGUUUUGAUACAAUCCCUGGAGUCCAGCCAGGCAUGAUACCUGCAUGAAUACAAAAGAUUUGAGGGAAAAAUCAGGAAUUUAACACAAAAUGAACAUCAAAGUGUUUUAGGGCAGGUCAGUCAUUGCUAAAAUCCACCGGAAAUUGACGGGAACAAGUCUGUAAUGUCCGCAUUGUCGUGAUUCAUUGUUUGAUGUGAUUGUCCGAAACAGGAAGAUGGACAGAAUUCAAAUACAUUUGGAGGAGAUAAUUUCUCAAAAUGGUGGAGGGUUACCCCCCUUACAUCAGAGACAAUGACACACUAAAAUCACUUUGUGAAAGUGUGGGCAUAGUGUCAAUAAAUCCUACUCAUAUGUGUAACAGCAAGAACAUGGGAGGAAAAGAAUCUAAAGAUGAUGUGGAUGGAAAACAGACUGAGACCAAAGUCCGAGGGCAAUCUGUUAGAGGAGCUAUUCAAGGACAAUCUGUCAGAGUGUCAAGUGAAGAGACAGAAAAUUUCACAAAAAGAGGAGAGAGAGCACAAGAUUUAAGUGUUGGGAAAGAAAAAGAAAAUAUUAGUAUUAAAGAAGGAAUUUGGUUUUCUGAAGCUGAUGUUGUAGACUUAGAUAUAGAGGAUGAUAAUCAGAGAGAGGUCAGAUCUCAAGUCCGUCAUACGAAGGAUGAUAUUCAGACCAGAUCUCAAGUCCGUGAUACAGAGGAUGAUAAUCAGAGAGAGGUCAGAUCUCAAGUCUGUCAUACGAAGGAUGAUAUUCAGACCAGAUCUCAAGUCUGUCAUACGGAGGAUGAUAAUCAGAGAGAGGUCAGAUCUCAAGUCUGUGAUGAGACAGUUGAACAAGUUGAAGGCUAUUCAGGAAUGUAUACAGCAUCAGAAGAUACGGGGGAUCUUAACUCUCCCAGUCAAAUGUAUAUAGCAUCAGAAGAUCUGACGGAUGAUACCCCACAGCUAGAGGAAGUGACCUGCAGUGAAUGUCGAGGAGAUGUUGACUCUUGGGAUAAGCAGGAAUCUCAAACUAUGUGUUCAUGUUCAGGAUCAAAACCCUUCAAUGUGUUCAAUGACAAUAACAAUCACACAGAUAAUGUCUCUCCCUGUAGAACUUGUUCAGCGGAAGUGGACCGUCCCAAGUUGUCGAUUAAUACCAAAGAUUGUAUUCAAAAACACUGUCCAAAGUGUGAGAACAGCCAGCAAACCUACUCCAAUAAUAACAGCCAGCAAAACCACUCCAAUAAUAACAGCAGCCAGCAAACCUACUCCAAUAAUAACAGCCAGCAAACCUACUCCAAUAAUAACAGCCAGCAAACCUACUCAUGUCAUGCAAUUAUUCAUGAACCUCUAAAGGGUUCGUAUGGACAUGAACCUGUUGCUGGUUCUGUGACUGAACCUCUAAAGGGUUCGUUUGGACAUGAACCUGUUGCUGGUUCUGUGACGUGUUCACAAUGUGGUGAGCAGAGUGGCAAGUUGACGUCAGUAUUUGAUGCAGAUUUUUGUGAGAAUUGUUACAAGGAGUUUGAGAUGAAUGUCUCUGUUGCUUGUUCACUCGAGACUUCAAAGAGAACUGGUUCAGGACAGAUAAAAGUUGCAGAACAACAGUUCGCAGACAAAGGUUAUAUGAAUCCUGAGCUUCUGGUGAAAGCAGAUGACGAUUGUGAGAGCUGGGUGUCAAGUAGAAACUCUGAAAGCCAGUCCCUAGGGAGUUCAGCAGAGGAGCUGGAAGUGGAAAAGACUCUUCCUCCGGCCGAUGUGGAAGAAAGUGGAGAAGUGGAUGAGAAUGGGGAUAUUUACGGAGCUGUGAAUGGUGAUGAAGUGUUUGAUGACACAUUGGAGGCCAGCACAAUGAUUCAGACGUAUGAUGGGGUCCAGUGGGAGGGAAAUUUCAUGUGUACAUGCGAGGAUUGUCUGAAGGGUCUACGGAUCGAGCGGAUCAUGACGGCGGAUAAGUCCACCAUGUGUCCCGAAGAUCCACCGUACAUCCUGAUGUGUGAGAUUUGUGAGGAGUAAGUAGAGAGGACAAUUGUAUGGAGCUGAAGGCCUCAGUUGCCUGCUGAUAAUUCAGACUCUAGUACAUUAGAAAGCUGAAGGCCUCAGUUGCCUGCUGAUAAUUCAGACUCUCUAACACAGUAGAAAGCUGAAGGCCUCAGUCGCCUGCUGAUAACUCAGACUCUAGUACAGUAGAAAGCUGAAGGCCUCAGUCACCUGCUGAUAAUUCAGACUCUAGUACAGUAGAAAGCUGAAGGCCUCAGUCGCCUGCUGAUAACUCACACUCUCCAGUAAUUGAUUUAGUGGAUAAGAAACUGAUCUUUACACAAUGUCACAUUUUGGGGACUCUGCAUUUCAUGAUAUUCCCAGUCCAUGCUUUGAAUUUUUGCAAGAAAUGUUUGAUAUUUUAAAGUUCGGUUGUCCUCAUUAUAUCAAAAUUAUUCUCUCCAUCACAUCAUCCUGAAUAUCAAAAUUACCCUCUCCAUCAUUUCAUUAGGAAUUUUGUACUUAAUUAACAGAAGGGUGAUGUAAUUAGCACUUGGGAGUAAGUAUUGAGAUAUCCUACGGACAAUGCAGGUGAGAUAUCACACACAGUACUGGUGAGAUAUUGUACAGGUAGUACAGGUGAGAUAUUGUACAGGUGAGAUAUUGUACAGGUGAGAUAUUGUACAGGUAUUUGUAUUGUGUCUCAGUUAUAACGAAAAAGAAAGCACAAGGUAAGCAACAUCAGACCUUGGUGAACAUCAUUUCCGGAUUAUUGGAGAACCAGCACUCUUUUAAGUUUUAUGUUUAUUAUUUAAACUGGUGAACAUUGGAGAACCAGCACUCUUUUAAGUUUUAUGUUUAUUAUUUAAACUGAUGAAUGUCAUUUCCAGAUUAUUGGAGAACCAGCUACAGAAGACGGAGAAAGACAUGAAGAAGAAAGAGGACAAGCUAAAGAGAGAAA